AUGACUGGGGCCAGCAAGCGACUUGCCUGGAGGGAUGCAGAGCAGCGGCCUGACGAGCACACGGCUUCCAACAGCCAGGAGCACGUCUCCCCCGCCCCUCUAAGAAGCCAGCGGGACGUGGCCACCCGGCGUCUGUGCACCAGCCACCCUGCCGACAGCUCUGAGACGGAGCCGUCACCCUCCUGUCGCCGUUCUGCUUGUACAAGUGUGGCCCCAGGUCAAGCGGCGGCCGCCCUCCCCUCCCUAUACCUGCAGACAGUCCCUCCCGCUUGCGCUCCACAGAUCAACUCGGUAAACAGCAUUCCCCACCACACUGCGAACAGGUUGCGGGAACGCUACCAACGCCACGGCGGCCCCGGCCAAGCCGAACCAAGCCGGAGCCGCCUCUCCACAGGGCCCUCUCCGAAGCGGGGCCCGGCUCACCUGCGGGUGGGAGGGGGCGCAGGCCGCAGCGAGGCCCAACCCGCAAUCGCCACCGCCGCCUCCUCGCUCGCCUCCGCUCGUACGUUGUGGCCGUCCUCCCGUGCUAUGGAGGAUCCCCCAGACCCUGGGAUCCCGCCAAGACUCGGCCCCAAGCGCGCUGGGAGGGCGGGUGAGGGGGAUGAUGAUGCUGCCGCUCCCCUGCCGUUGUGGUUGGAGCUGCCGCCGGUGCCGUGUGGAAAAGCCCUGCGUAAGCGGCGCCGCAGGAGCGCCGGCUUCCCCUGCCCGCCCGUCGCCUGCCGCGAUGUCGGUGAGCUCUACCCCAGCGUGGCCCCUCAACUGGGUAGCCCCGUGACCCCCGGGAGGCGGGAUGAAGAGCCUGGAGCUGAGCCUUUGCCACCCACCGGCAGUCAGCAGCCGGUUAGUAAGGACACGGAGCUGCUGCCUUCCGGUCAGCCCGGCGGCACCGGCCUCAAGUUCGGGCUGCUGGCGCCGGAGCUGCACACUCGCCUGCUGGACCAGGAGGACUACAAGACCCGUGUGCAAGCUGUGGAGGAGCUGAAGAGGGUAGUUGAAGAUGCCAGCGAGGCCGCGGUGACCUCCGUGCCUGCCCCCAGCAUCCUGGGGUUCAUCAGCCUUCUCUGCACGCUGCUCGGUGACUUCAACUUCAAGGUGGUGCUCGGAGCAUUGGAGGUGAUCUGUCUGCUGGCUCUGCGCCUGGGCAAUCAGGUCAAGUCCUUCCUGACACCUCUGUUCUCUGCUGCUACUCAAGUCCUGGGGGACAGCAAGCUGGCCAUCCGGCAGGGUUACAGACGCCUGCUGUGCUUGCUCAUGAAGGAAGUGGGUCCUCAGCAGGUGCUGGACUUGCUGCUGCAGCCAGAGUACCAGCAGAACAAGAAUUCUAGAGUCCGCGAGGAGGUGGUCAGUAUGUGCAUUGUGGCCCUCCUCACUUACCCCAGUGAGGAGCUGGACCUGGACAAGCUGGCGUUUAAGCUCGCUCCAGCACUGGUGGACAGCAAGCACAGGGUCCGGCAUGCUGCCAUGGAAGCUUUUGCUGUGCUGGCGUCUGCCAUGGGCCCAGGCAAAACCACCCUUCUCUUCAAGGCAGUGGAUGCUGUGGAACUGAAGGACAAUGGGGCUGGGUUGAUGCAUGCAGUGCAAGCUAGGCUGGCCAGGAAGAUUUUGCCAAAGCUUGCUGACCAAGGGUUUGUAGAGUAUGCUGUGCCCUUGCCAUCAUCUUGUCAUAACAGGGCAUCCUGUUUACCCCCAGGAGCAGAUACAGACUGGCUCUUGAUGUGUGACAGGACUCAGAGCGCACCCAGCUACUGCGGGUAUGAGGCGAGGGUUAAUGCUCUGCAGCACUCCAGUUCUCACAGUGCGGGAGUCAGUGAAGUAGCAUGUUCAAGAAAAAUCUUGAAUGCACAUAAAGGAAAAAACAAACUGCCUUGGGAAAACAAGCAUGCUGAAUACAAGGAAGUUGGUUCCGGAGUCCAGAUGCCUGUCACAAAGGGUGUGGAGCAGUUCCCUACAUCCAGUGAUUUACUUCAUUUUCCAGAGUUAAGGCCCCCUCAAGGAGUACCAGUCAGUGCUGAGUUACAUUUUAGUAGAAAGAGAACUUCAGGGAAUUUCAUUCAGAAUAGGAUAGAUUUUAACUCGGAGCAUUCUUCUGUCUGUGCUGGUCCUGUGGGCUCUCAUCAGCCGCAAAUAUCAGGGAAAUGUGGAACGCUUGGAUACACACAGACACGUGGAAAGAGUGGUAGUGUAGAAUCCGAUCUACAAUUUUUAGGAUUAAGUAACUGUCAGCAAGACAAAGACUGCUCUAGCCUAAAUUUUUCCAGCAAGACCCAGAGAAGUUUUUGCAAUCAAGCAGAGAAUACAAUGCCCUUCCAAGGUCCUAAUGCCAAUAUAGAAAUACCUGUUACUUCUAAUAUCCUAAUACCUCUUGUGUCUCUUCCAGGGGAGAAUUUGCAGGAGAAACAUGUUCCUCUGCAGCUGAAACCCCCCCUGGUAAGGCAACCAGCCCCCUGCAGGGGCCUGAAUGGGACAAAACCCAUCCCUCCCAUUCCCCGCCUGCUGCCAGAUAAGAUUAAAUUAAAUUCGACAAAGUGGAGAAAUGAAGAGUGCAAGGACAAGAGGCUGAAUAAAGCAGACGAGAAGCUUGCAGCAGCUGAUCUUUCAGAGUUAAAUGUGGACGAUGAGAAAGUGGACCAGGAAGAGAUGAAGAAUUCAUUAAGAUCUCUACGAAACAGUGCAGCUAAGAAAAGGGCAGUGCUAAGCAGCAACAUUUCAGAUCUUGAAAGUCCCAAUUCUGCUCCUAAAUUUGAUCUGUAUGUGGGUUCCCCCUCCCAUGCGUCCUGCCCGAGUGUGGAUGCCUACAGCGAAAGCGGUGUUUACAGCCAGGAGUCUCUAACUUCACCCAUGUCCAGAGUCCUCCACAGAAGAAGAAUGUCAGACAAUUUUCUACUACUUGGCAAAAAACCACAGACUGCAAGAACAUUUUCUGCAAGAAACAGAGACCCUAAUGUGGCAGAACGUAACACCAUCAGAGCAUGUCCAGCAUUUGGUGAUAACGUUAGAACAGUUGGCCAGCAUUUGAACUGUGUCAAUAGAUGUGGAGAUUAUGAGGACAAGAAGCAAGAAUUGUCACAUACUACUUUUCAAAGUCAAAAUAUGGAACACCAAAGAAAUUAUAAGCAUUCAAAGGGUCUUGCGGAGCCAGCAUCUAGUUUUCCACAGACAAACAAUCUAGAUUUCAUCUCACAAAGUGUCCCGUCUGAAGAUGCAGCUGUAAUUGCUGGUAAAGGUGUUUCUGAAGAUCCUUCUGCACAAGAGCACAGACAGUCUCUAGCAUGUAUAGCUAAUGGAGAUGACCAGGCUUUGAAUGAGAUGAGUGAGCAGUCAUCAGGUACCUGUGGGAGAAGCAUCCAGCAGGACAGAGCUUCUCAUUUCUACAUUGAAAAUGAAGAAAAUACAGUUACCUUGUCAAAAUCUGCCCAGGAUAAGGCGAAGCGGAAUAAAAGAAAAGAAAAAGAAUACAAUCAUAAAAAAUAUCAGGAUGUCACAGACCUUGAAGGAAAGGAUCAGAAACCUUGGGAAAACCUUGAACCAAAGGAACCAGAGAUAAUGACAGCAGAAAAGUUAAAUCUCUGUGGGGACUUAUUAACAUCAUGAAGAAAUGCAUCCUUGUCAUUAGAAAAUGUGGCUUUGAAUCCUUCAUUAAAAAUGACAUCCAGCUUCAAGAAGACAAACAGCUUACCACAUUAUGGAAUUUCUCUUAGGGCACAAGGACGCUAUAAAGACAAGAGGUCACCAGUCACAGAAGCAACAGACAAAUCACAACUGUGUCCCUUUUCAAAGCCGGAAAUGGCACUGACAGAAGCCUUAACACUUCUAGCUAAUGAUGACUGGGAGAAGAAAAUUGAAGGUCUGAACUUUGUUAGACGUUUGUCUGCCUGCCAUGCGACUACUCUGACUGCAAAUCUACAUGAAACAAGCAUGGCUGUGGCUCAAGAGGUCAAGAAUUUACGCUCAGGUGUUUCCCGAACUGCUGUGGUCUGUUUAGGGGAUUUGUUCACCUACCUGAAAAAGAGCAUGGAUCAAGAACUAGAUUAUACAGUAAAAGUCCUUUUGCACAAAGCUGGUGAAUCCAACACAUUUAUAAGGGAAGAGGUAGACGAAGCACUGAAGGCUAUGGUUAAUAAUGUGACUCCAGCACGUGCACUUUAUUCUCUUAUAGAUGGAGGGCAAAGCCACCUGAAUUCAGCUGUGAGAAGAUGUGCAGCUCAGCACCUCUCAGACACUGUAGAACGUAUGGGCCAGGACCGGAUUCUGUUUGGAACCAAACGUGUCGCUGAUAAGCUUUUUCCUGCAAUAGUCAGGUUUACACAGGAUAGUUCACAACAAACAAGGUAUUAUGGUCGAAAGAUGCUCUUCAGUAUGAUGACUCAUCCUGAUUUCGAUAAAACAAUUGAGACGUAUGUGUUGACCAAGGAUUUGCCUUAUAUUAGGAAAGCUGUUACCAACCUACGUAAAAAGGGUUUGGAUGGGCUGCCAUUAGAUGCACCUUCAGCAAAAAUAGGACAUUCCAAUACUAGUAGCAUUGGACAUUUGAGAGGUACUACCAACAUCACUGACAGAAAGACUACAGAACCCUAUGAAGUCGUAAGAAAAACAGCUCCUCGUAAUUUACUACAAAAUGACGAAUAUGUUAAAGACAUUAUAGGUUUAUUGAAUGCAAAGGACUUCCGUGAUCGGAUACGUGGCAUUAAGAAGCUGUCACUUGAUGCAGAGAAUAAUCAAGGCUUUGUUGUUGCAAACAUUGUGAAGAUUUUUGAUGCUUUCGUGUAUUGUUUAAAUGACAUAAAUGGCAAAGUAAAUCAGAUUGCUUUGGAGACGAUGCACCAGAUAAUUCCAUUGCUGAAAGACAAUUUAUCACCUGUGAUCAACAUGUUAAUUCCCGCCAUGGUCGACAACAACCUGAACUCCAGAAACCCAGGGAUUUAUGCAGCUGCCAAAAAUGUUAUUCAGGCUCUGUGUCAACACCUAGACAACUACUUGCUCCUUCAGCCGUUCUGCACAAAAGCCCAGUUUCUGAAUGGAAAAGCCAAACAAGACAUAACAGAAAAGCUUGCUGAUAUUGUGAUGGAGUUAUAUCCACGGAAGCCUAAGAGUGUGGAGCAGAAAGUUCUAGUUGUCCUUUGGCACCUCCUGGGAAACAUGACGAACAGUGGCUCUUUGCCUGGAACCAGAGGGAACAUUCGGACAGCCACAGCAAAACUGUCAAAAGCACUUUUUGCACAUAUGGGACCAAGUCUCUUAACUCACGCUGCAGCUCAGUCACCAUACAUCAAGAAGACUUUAGAAGAACUUUUGAAGACAGAAAGCUAAAGUAAC